ACUAUUUCCGCUGACUGCGUGCGCUUGUAAUCCAACAUGGCUGCGUCCAGUAGUAGAGCCGUGAGGACUAUUUUCUCAAAAUGUGCCAAAUGCAGCUGGAGCUUGUUUAUUUCUACGCCAAACAUGAACCGACAGCUGAUCAGUAGGCAGAUCUGUGUGUCCUCAGCCGCAUGGAGGAAGAACCUGGCAGCGGCUGGGCCUGAAAAGUUCUCCGAGGAGUACAUUAAGAAACAAAUAGACGAGUUCAAUAUCGGCAAACGGCACUUGGCCAACAUGAUGGGAGAAGACCCUGAGACAUUCACGCAGGAGGACAUCGAUCGGUGCAUAGCGUAUCUCUUCCCCUCUGGCCUGUUUCAGAAGGGAGCUCGACCUAUAAUGAAGCACCCAGAUCUGAUAUUCCCAAAGCAGGCAGCGGUGCAGUGGGGCGAGGACGGCCGCCCUUUCCACUAUCUCUUCUACACUGGCAAGCAGUCCUACUACUCCCUCAUGCAUGAUAUGUUUGGGAAAGUGUUGGCGAUAGAAAAAUAUCAAGACAAGUUGAGAAGCAAAGGACUUUUUACUCAAGACACCAAACAGAUCUCUCUGAGCGGAAGUCGGUGGCUAUUGAAGGAGGAGCUGCAGCAGUUACUGGUAGAGAAUAUCUCUGAUCAUGAUUAUGCUCGGUUCCUACAGCUGAUGGAGAGGCUCUUGUCCAUGCCCUACUGCUCUAUGGAGGAAGAGUUUGUGCAGCGUUUCCGCCGAAAAUUGGAGGUUCAGUCCAGCAAGCAAGAGAUUUCCGAGAUACAACACGACGAGGAAGGAGUGGCCUUCAGUCAGGCUGAUGGAAGGAGAAAAUCAUCCAAGGCCAGCGUCACACUCAGGGAUCGGGGCUCUGGACGUAUCACAAUCAAUGGCAGCAACUACAUGCAGUAUUUCCCCAUUCUGCAGGACAGAGAACAGCUGAUGUUCCCGUUACACUUUGUGGACAUGUUGGAAAGGUUUGAUGUGGAGGCCAGCGUGGAGGGUGGUGGUCACUCGUCCAAGGCCGGCGCUCUGAGGCUGGCCAUCUCACGAGCACUGCUCAGCUUUGUUUCUAAUGGAGAUGUGGAGAACAUGAGGCAAGCUGGUCUGCUGACAUCUGACCCCAGAGUCAAAGAGAGGAAGAAGCCUGGCCAGGCUGGAGCACGCAAGAAAUUCACCUGGAAAAAGCGCUAACCGGUAGCAGGCACUGUGGAUCCAACAUUAACAUCUAACAUCCCAAACCCCCCAUAGAAUUAAAAUCCAGUGGAUGCAUCUCAUGCAGUUUGCAUUGUUUGUAUAAAGGAAUCAUGUAUAUUGCAAUAAAAUAAAGGUUUUCAUCUAA